CGGAAGCGUAAACAAAUGGAUUUCAACAUCUGUGGUUACGCACCAUUUAAUUGACUAUAAAUUAUGCAUUUGCCGUCGUUCUUGUGGUGUCAUACACCUAUUUGAUUAAUAUUUUUGUUAAAAUAUAAUUCGAAAUGGUGAAGAUCGCUGUAAUAGGAGCUGGACUUCUUGGCACUAAAAUCGCAGGUGAGCUAGCAUACCAUGGCCAUCGUGUAAAGAUCCAUGAUGCUAGCCUAAAGAACCUCAACAGUGUAUUCCAGCGUAUGGAGGAAGAUAAAAAGAAUCUAAGAGAAGAGGGAUUAUUAAUUCAUAAAAACUUUAUUGGCCAGGUACUGUGUAUGAGUCGGCUAGAGGAGGCUGUUUGUGAUGCCGAUAUUAUCAUUGAAUGUGUUAUAGAGGACUUGGAGGUGAAGAAAGAUCUGUUUGAAAGAAUAUCUCACGUAUGUAAGCCAGAAGCUGUCAUCAGCAGCAACACACUGAGGCUGAAGAUAGAUGAUAUUGUUCAAAGGACAAACAUUAAGGAGAGGACGAUGGGUCUGCGAUUCUUAUUUCCUGUGUACUGUAUCCCAGAGGUAGAAAUCACACCGAGCUCAUUCUCCUCGCAGAAAGCCAUCCAGAAAGUGCGGAUUAUGUUGGAGAGGAUGGGAAAGACCCUGUUCUUCAGAUCUGGUGGAGAGCCCUUAAUAUUGUCAGAGGAGCAGAGAGAGGAACGGAAGAAAGCUCGCCUCGAACAGAUAAAGAGCUCAUCAGGUGUGGGGCAUCUGUUUGAGUCCAUGAUUCCUGCGCUAUCACACCAGGGUAAUGUCCCCCAGGAUGAGCAGAAGAAAAAGGGUAUAGAGGAAGAUCGUGACCCAGACUGUGCUAUCUGUAUGGACCGCAUGCGAGACUGUCUCAUCUGUCCAUGCCACCACAUGAUCACCUGUUACGAAUGUUCAAAGAUGCUCCUGAAUCGCCGGGAUGGUUGUCCAAUUUGUCGGAAGGACAUUACAGAACUUAUCAGGGUCUAUCAUUCCUGAUUUCAAAUGAUGACUGGUUUCCAAUGUUGUGUUGCUGAACUCUUGUGGGAAAUUUGAUAAAUUUUUGGAGGAAGCUAACAACAUGACCUACAACUGACCUUGAGGGCAUUAGAAUAAUACCUGCCUGGCUCUACUUACUUACAGAGUGCUGAAUCAUUACUUUCUAUAAAGGGAAUACAAAGCAUGCCUGCUAAAUUAAAACAUCAGAAAUCCUGAAAAGACAAAUAAGAUAAAAUUGUAUGUAAUAAAUGCUUGGAACAAAUGUUUUAUUGAAAAAUCCAAAUAAUAUGACUGUCUUUGUGAAGCUAUUGUAAUAUUAUUUUGUGUAAUUCAAUUUGUACAUACAUGUAUAUAUAUAAUAAUAAAAAACACAAAUCAUGAAAUCACUAGCGCUUUCACUUGCUUUCAGGAAAAAGCUCUUCAGAUUUUUUCAGUUGAAAAGCUUGCUCUGAAACAAAGUGAAAGCGCUAGCGAUUUCAUGGUUUGUGUUUUUUUAUCAUUAUUAUUAUGUGAAUUCACCACAAGGACAUUAUUUACCUUUAAUAUAUAGGGGUUGUGAUAAUUCAGUCGGUAGAGCAUUGGACACUCCGGAUGAAGAUCUGAAGUGAGUACAUGUAAUUGAUCACUACCAGGGAAAGUUUGUGUUUCUCAAUGAAACACAGACUAUCCUGUGUAGUGUUGUAGUUGUGUCCUUGGGCAAGGCAAGUUACUGUAAUUGCUCUGGAUGUGAUAUGACAAACCUUCUGUAUAUUGUUCAGUGAGGUAGCCACAUGCUACUACAAGGAUUUUUUUUUUAAAUGACCCCAUCUGUUGACAGGGUGAUAAACCCAACAAAGAACAAACUGUAUAAAUAGAAACUUGAAAAUAUGCCAAGUGAGAUGGGCUGUUCUUGGAUCAAAAUAUGUACAAUCUGUACCUUAGAACUAAAGUAAUGACAUUCAUAUACUUAAGAUAUACAUUGUUGAAUCUAAGAUAACUCAGAAGUCAGUAGUAAACUCUUGUAUUCUUAGGCAAGUUCCACUGAGUGCCACUUAGAUACAAAAGGGCUAAUUUAACGAACAGAAGAAUUAAUUACUCAGGAAAAUUUGAGGUGUAAAGGAGAGAUUUCAAUGUGUGGAUUUAUAUUCACUGGAAUAUCACUUUCAGGCCAUUUAUAAAUUAACCAGUUAGUGAACUAUUAUAACUGCAUAAUAUCUAAUAAGUCAGAUGGAUUUAAGGCAGGUGCCAUCAGUUUAAUAUAUAAUAGAUAAUAUGAAUUAUUAGUCCCCAACUGGGAACGGGUGAGGGCGAUAGUUUUAUGUUGUGUCCGUCCAUCCAAUUGGCAUCCAUCCUUUUGUCCAUCUGCACUUUAUCUUGUCCAGGCUUUGUCUCCUUCACUACUUGUCAUUGGAACUUCAUAUUUGGGACCUUGGUUCAGGUAGGCGAGAUAAUUUGUUAUUUGUCAUAAGUAGGUCACUUGGAUCUAUAUUUUGACAUUUGACCUACAAAAAAAAAAAAAAAAAUCCAGGUUAUAUCUCCUACACUACUUAUUAGGUACUGGAUCUUCACACUUGGGGCAUGGGUUCACCUAGGUCAUUUGAUUUAUCAAGUACAGUUCAGUGCAGGACUGUAAUUCGCAGAAUUAUCUUGUUUUGUAUUUCCUGUGUGGAGACUGAACAUAUUUGUCACACUAAUUAUAUAAUUAAUUAAUAUGAUCACUACUUCCAGAGUAAAUCUCAAAGUUCUUUGUUUGCUGUUAGAAUGGUUGAGUCUGUAAGAAAAAUGCAGGCACAUAUUUAGAGACUCGCCUCACUGAAUAUCGUCUCCCGUGCAGAUAGUGAAAACAGAACUGAUCAGGAUUUAGCUGGCAAUCUGUGGUACUUCUUUAUAAAACAAGAUUGAUGUAUUGUGUACCAGGUAUGUAUAUUUCAAAAACUGUUAUAAACUUUAGUGCACAUGUGUUUCUAUUUGACAGAAAAUGCCUUUAAGCAUUGUUAUUUAUUUUUGCCGACAUUUUAUCAUGUACAGGUUCCAUUUUAUGUUACCAUCUGAAUUGCUUCAACCAGAUAUGUGAAAGCAACCCAAAUGGUAGGCAGUGAAGGUUUCUGUAUUGGUUUUAUGUGUGUUUAUAGUGAAAAUAAUUAGCGUACUGUAAGUUGAACAUCAACUACAUGCAUAGAAUUUACCCACUAAUCUUGAUCAUCUGUCUAUUUACAGAAUCGAUCUUGAUCAUCCGUCUCUUUACAGAAUCGAUCGUGAUCAUCCGUCUCUUUACAGAAUCGAUCAUGAUCAUCCGUCUGUUUACAGAAUGGACCUUGAUCAUCCGUCUGUUUACAGAAUUGAUCUUGAUCAUUUGUCUGUUUACAGAAUUGAUCGUGAUCAUCCGUCUGUUUACAGAAUCGAUCGUGAUCAUCCGUCUGUUUACAUAAUUGAUCCUGAUCAUUUGUCUGUUUACAGAAUCGAUCUUGAUCAUCCGUCUCUUUACAGAAUCGAUCGUGAUCAUCCGUCUGUUUACAGAAUGGACCUUGAUCAUUCGUCUGUUUACAGAAUUGAUCUUGAUCAUUUGUCUGUUUACAGAAUCGAUCGUGAUCAUCAGUCUGUUUACAGAAUGGACCUUGAUCAUUCGUCUGUUUACAGAAUUGAUCUUGAUCAUUUGUCUGUUUACAGAAUCGAUCAUGAUCAUCCGUCUGUUUACAGAAUGGACCUUGAUCAUCCGUCUGUUUACAGAAUUGAUCUUGAUCAUUUGUCUGUUUACAGAAUUGAUCGUGAUCAUCCGUCUGUUUACAGAAUCGAUCGUGAUCAUCCGUCUGUUUACAGAAUUGAUCCUGAUCAUUUGUCUGUUUACAGAAUCGAUCUUGAUCAUCCGUCUCUUUACAGAAUCGAUCGUGAUCAUCCGUCUGUUUACAGAAUGGACCUUGAUCAUUCGUCUGUUUACAGAAUUGAUCUUGAUCAUUUGUCUGUUUACAGAAUCGAUCGUGAUCAUCAGUCUGUUUACAGAAUGGACCUUGAUCAUUCGUCUGUUUACAGAAUUGAUCUUGAUCAUUUGUCUGUUUACAGAAUCGAUCAUGAUCAUCCGUCUGUUUACAGAAUGGACCUUGAUCAUCCGUCUGUUUACAGAAUUGAUCUUGAUCAUUUGUCUGUUUACAGA